AUGUCCAAUUCCAGAGACAGAAGACAGAUGAUGCAGCCAUGGCCUCUGUGCCUAGUGCCAUUUUCGAAAACGAAGGAGCGAAGCAUCCUUCCGAAAUACUACACGAGGGUGCCAUCGGUGGCGAGAUCGACCACCACCAAUUCGGUCAUCAACCUAGACUGCGCGUCAAACGCGACCCUCGUGACAAACGUCAGCCCGUUCAACAGCCAGACCGCCCUGAUCGCGGAGAAGAAGGUGCUCUCUGCUGGCAACGGGACCACCCUCACCACAAAUCACUAUUAUGAACAAAACCUGAGGAAUAACCAUCAGAAGGCCCUGAACGGGUCCCACAUAUACAACCCCCUAGACAAAGAUCACGAUCACGACUACAAACAGCUCGAUCCGUUGCUCAACUCGGAAUCCCCGUACGCGGGGAUAGUGGGGAACAAACGGAAAAUGAAUUCGCAGGAUAUCAAAAUGAAGGAAUCGGCGGUGGGUUCCGGAAAACUUCAUGGAACCAUGCAAGGACCAAAGGAGUCUAAACCUUCGCUCAUGCGUUUUACCAGUCAGGUACUGGCAGCCUUAUCAGUAUCGCUGGGCUCGAUGGUGGUCGGUUACGCGAGUUCCUACACCUCGCCGGGUCUAGUUUCGAUGCAGAACAAUGCUACGACCUCGUUCGAGGUUACUAAGGAAACUGGUAUGUGGAUCGGAUCGAUCAUGCCUUUGAGCGCGCUUUUCGGAGGCAUCUUUGGCGGUCCGUGCAUCGAAUAUCUGGGCAGAAGGAAUACGAUUGUGGGCACAGCGGUGCCCUUUAUCACAGCCUGGCUAUUGAUCGCGUUGGCCACCAAUGUCGCGAUGAUUCUAGUUGGUCGAGCCCUUUGCGGGUUCUGCGUCGGUAUCGCGUCCCUUUCGUUACCGGUCUACCUAGGCGAGACGAUACAGCCGGAGGUUCGAGGAACCCUUGGAUUACUUCCAACCGCCUUUGGUAACACCGGAAUCUUGAUCUGCUUCGUGGCCGGGAUGUAUCUGGAUUGGAGGAAUCUCGCGUUGGUGGGCGCUAGCCUGCCAAUACCGUUCAUGAUUCUGAUGUUCACGAUCCCCGAGACCCCGAGGUGGUACAUUUCCAAAGGUAAAACGAAAAGGGCGAGAAAAUCGCUGCAGUGGCUGCGGGGCCAGGGAACCGACAUUACCGACGAACUAACGGCCGUCGAGAAGUUACACGUUGACAGCGAACGACACGUAUCGCAGGGUGCGUUCAUGGAACUCUUCAAGAAGAACCACCUGAAGCCGCUCCUCAUUUCCCUUGGUCUGAUGUUUUUCCAACAACUAUCAGGAAUUAACGCGGUCAUAUUCUAUACCGUACAAAUCUUUAAGGACGCCGGAAGCAGCAUCGAUUCGAACAUAUCCACCAUCAUCGUGGGAGUGGUGAACUUCAUCUCGACGUUCGCCGCUGCAUCCGUGAUAGACAAACUUGGCAGAAAGAUGUUGCUCUACAUAAGCGCUGUAUCGAUGUGUAUCACGUUAUUCACGUUCGGUACGUUCUUCUACAUGAAAGAGAACGGCUCGGACAUGUCGACGUUCGGUUGGAUACCGUUAGCGAGUCUGAUCAUUUACGUGAUCGGAUUCUCCUUGGGAUUCGGCCCGAUCCCGUGGCUAAUGAUGGGCGAGAUUCUGCCGGUUAAGAUCCGCGGUUCCGCUGCCAGUGUCGCGACUGCCUUCAACUGGUCGUGCACGUUCGUCGUGACGAAAACGUACGAGGAUCUAGUGUCGGAGAUCGGGGCGCACGGUGCGUUCUGGCUGUUCGGCACGAUCGUCCUGAUCGGCUUCGUUUUCGUGAUCAUCUGCGUGCCGGAAACGCGCGGCAGAUCUCUCGAAGAGAUUGAAAAGAGAUUCACCGGUCCGGUGAGAAGAAUGAGCGCGAUCGCGAACAUAAAGCCUACGCCGAUGGGCUGUUAACGAAUCUUAUAAUUUCGAAUAGCUAGCCAAUCAAUCAAUUCGUUCGUUCGCUAGGAAAUCUCGGCCACAUCGCGUCGUUCCGCGCUACGAAACGAACAAUUCGUAUAGUUCCUUCCUACUAUUUCAUAAGAACGAUCUUGAUUAGAACAUCGUGCGUAACUGUUAUUUUUGUUAUUCAAUAGUUUUACAGGGUCUACCUCAAGUUAGUACUUUUACUAAUGGUAUACGAGUAGGUUUAAACGACAAGUGCAAAUUAUUUAAUUAGUAUACGUGUGCGUACUUAUACGCGGAUACGAGAACGAGAUAAGUAACCUCAUCAUUGGUAAAAGAACAAAUGGUUCUUCACUAUCGCGACAAUAAAUUCCAGCACGCGAACCAUCUCGGCAUCGAGUUUGUACAUAGUUAUAUCGAUCUGCGUUAGCAAACAGUUGCAUCAUCUAUCGUCGAAUUAAAUCGUAAGUUAUAGUUGAGAAACAGAGAGAUAAAAAUAAUACGCGUCUAUUUUUUAAUCGUCGAAAUCGUUGUCGGUUAGCGAGAUGACGCGACGAAGAACACAGCGAAGAAAUACACGAAUAGCGCAAGCCGCGAAUUCGUGAAACACGCCCCCGAUACCUUGUUUUGUAUUUCGCGCCUUUUUACUCGAAAGUACUGUUUCGAGAGAGAGAGAGAGAGACGCGAAACAUUUAGACCCCUAGGGACCGCUACGGUCGAUUUGAAUCUCGAUUCCACGCGCCACGCCUUUCCACUAUUCAUUCUCUUAUUUCGAUUUUCUCGGUCGCCUUCUAUCUGCAACCGAAUAUACCAGGGGUGCGUACCACCCUCCUCGGGCGAACGAGAAAAUACCUUUUUAUGUCGUCGCGAUACCAUUCCGAAUCUCUGUACUACGACGAAAGAAGAACAACGUCACGAAACAUUCCUGUAAUAGUACGGUUUAACGUACGAUCUCGGCUAAUGAUAUCGCGAGGAAUAAACGCCAUUUUGGACGCGUUACUCACA